UCGGUAAUCAGCAGUGAUGUGGUUACUUAUGUGCCCUUUCGAGUAUUUGGUUCAUUUUUGUGGUCCUUUUCGAGCCGUAACCGUAGCGCAGAGGAGGAGGACAGCGUAGAGGAUCAUAGAACAUGUUGGCCAUGGGUGAAAUUGAAAUCCUUUAAGUGAUGUGAAAUGAAAAACCCCCUUCGGGCAGUAUCAGGCACACCGAAAGCCGACGAAAAAAUGAUGUCUAUGUUGUGUGUGAGUUGAAGAUGGGGACGCGAGGUCGUGCUGGGCAACAGCAUACAAUAUCGGGCCUCCCCGUCGAUGCGACCUUUGCGACAUGUGGCUAUGUUGGUGGUCGUGAUCUGUUGCCACGGACACGGACUCCUGGCGCGCCACCACUUGCAUCAGAAGACUCUGUUCAUCAAGACAUGUCGAGGCACGGCCGUUCGGGAGUAGGAGCUCCUGCAGCUGGACCAGUUUCCCGCACUCUGAAUGUUCACGGGGUGUCAGGCUUAGGAUGCUCUUCGAUUUAUGGACGCCUCAGGCUCGAAAUAGACAAGAAAGGUAAAUGAAAAUAUAUUUAUGAGUCAUUUGUCAUGCAUAAUUAAAGCCGAUACCAGUUGUCUUGUGUUGGAACCUACCUUCGAAGCGGCGCAUGACAAAUCUUGCCGCCACCCAAAAAAUCCAGUCUGACACGCUGCUUAUGCAAAGAAGAUUGGCCGCUUUGUCAUGCUCAUGGUGCAUGAUCUCUGAGCAGGCUGAAAUAAAUCGGCCUCUUGUGAUGCCAUUCUCGCAAGACACGCACUAUACACGUGCGCCUUGCAUUUUAUACAUGACAAACUAUUUCAGUUUUGGCUAUUUCGAUAUUAACACUUCCAUACAAUGAGUAAUGGAAAACCCAAUGCCGCUUUAACGUUGCUGAGAGACCAAAUCCAAGACUUGAAACGAGCCCUCCGAAAGGCGAGCAGGGAGCUAGUUGCCGAGCAGCAUGUAUUGACAUUGUUUUUGUAUAGAAGUUGAAGAUCAUGUGCUAGAGAAAAAAGGUGAGUAAACGCGUUCCCACCUUGACGCAUAACUACAAACAAACAAACAAACAAACAAGAACACCAAUGCUAUUUGUUCGCUGCGAGCUAGUGAUGUUGCUAUGAAAAAGGAAAAAGUAGUUCUAACCGGUAAGAUGAUAUAGCUUGUUCAUCUUCUUCUUGCUUAGAUUAUUUAGUUGACACCUGAACGAGUGUGACAACCGGCGCUUUCUUCUUGGCGGCCGUCGUUUUAUUUUUUCUUGAGAAUUUUGAUUUUUUGAGCUUCUUAAGCAUGAGGUGCGAGACGGAGAGGUGGGUCGCUCAGCUGCAGCAGGAGCAUUAGAAAACGAUUUAUGACCUAGGCAACUCUAACUUCAAGCAAGUACUACAGGUAUCCCAAGGUCUCAGGAACCACGUAACCCACUUAAAGCGGCAAGUUCAUCGGCUGGAGCGAAAUAACGAAGACGGCGAUACCGAACGAAUGGUACUGAAGGACCAAAUAUCCACUGCAAAGAUCUCUGGGUCUGGAAUAUAGGUUGAGCCUGUAAGAAUGGCGUUUCUUGCAUUUCUGGAAAAUCUGUAUUGCAUAAAGCAGCAAAAGGAACGCCACACUUUCUCUUUCACCAUGCGAAGUCGCAGUUUGUAACGCGUGCUGCCGCGCAUAAGAAAGCGAUCGAAAGGUUUCGAUUUGAGACGCUUCAGUGCAAUUAAUUAAAGGCGGACGCGGACUCGUCAAUCGUGACCAUUGCGUAUUACAAGUGUUUCGACCGAGACAUGUUUGCAGUUGAUACCAAAUUCGCCGACUUGAGCUCGAGUUGUGCAGUACCAAAAAGGGCAGUUCAACAUUAGCAGAAAUCGCCCGGAAAGCAAGUGAAGAACUGGAAUUCCGGAACAUUACUGACGAGUUCUGCUCCAGGGUAUACAUGAAUAAACUUUCAUCUGAGGGGGCACUCGUAUGUCUAAGUUGUAUCUUUCGCUUUGAUGUCAUCCAUGUCCUCUAGCAGCUUUUUGAGUUUGAGUUGUUGCUGUUUUCGAUUUAUUGGAAUAGGUUUACUUCCUGUAACCAGUUGUGUAUUUCUCCUCUUUCCCGAGCAGUCUUCCACCCCCUGUUGAUUCAUACACUCUGCACAAUCAGGUCGAUGACAAGAACCUGCUGUCUAAAAUAAAAUUCACCUCCGUUACGGCGAAGGCCGAUGCCAGGGAAGAGCGAAAGCAGUUAGCAGGAAUUUUUGCAACGGGCGGCUACGACACAGAGAGGCUUCGCAAGUUUAUCAAACGCGACCAAGCAGCAAGUGAAGUCUCUGGAGCCUGCGCAGGCGUUUCGGAGCAGGAGCCGCACUGCAAUACAGUAUUCGCUUUUUGCUCGUGUAGUAGUUCAAUCUCAAUGUAUUCAUAUUGCUGUAUGGGAACGUUGCUGCUACGAAAUGCCAAUCUGUCUGGCUCUGAGUCUGGAAGAUUACAAGACCUGAUAUGAAUGUGAGGUCUGUAAUGCGUAGGCACUAUGCGAAGACUGGACUCUCGUCCAAUAUUGUUCAUGUGAGGUCAUGCAAAAACGGAGCCUCGUUGUCGUUUUUCUUAUUGUCAUUAUCUUUUGUUCAUACGGGCUAGGUAUACAACUCAAUUAGUACUUACAUAGCAUCUCAAUCCAAACUAGAACACGUCUCAGGUGCAACUACCACACUUUCUCUCGGAUGAAGCACCAACAGCAAAACCACGUCUACUCGGGCACAUAGGAACUCAAGAACCGUCAGGACUUUUUGGUGGAAGUGGAACAAAGUUGCGCUCCGAGAAAAUAAACAACAUAUUUGAAUCAGAGGAGCGAGGGAACAGCAAGAUGAGAGGCACAACCGCGACAGAUGUGGUCUCUGCGGUAGUCAUGACAAACCUUUCAACAUCCUCAUCAUCUUCAUCUUUAUCUGCAGCAGAAUCCCAUGAACAUCGGGCGAGCGUGAGUCAGCAAGGAGAGCCGAGUACUACAGCAGUUGCGCAGGAGGCGGAGCGUGCAGGUGCAUUCACAUCCGGCUGCAAUCCCGGCGGCUGCAAAGACCUCUCGCAUACAGAAGCACGACUCCCACACUUCCUCUGCGCUGCACCAAGAGGAGCGAGCCCGCAUGUAUUGGGGCACACAGGAGAUCAAGAACCGUUCGGACUUUUGUCCGGAGCAAUGCGCUUGGGCAGUGCGAAGAACGAGCUCGAACCCUCUGCUCUUGAAGGAGGGACAGGGACUGCUAGCAAUAUGGGAUUGGGAGGCGCAGGUGCGAUUUGUGAUUCUUUGGUAGUAAUGACAAACAAUUCUCCCUGUGGAGUAGAACAUCUUCGACACUGCGUGAGCGAACAACAAGAACCGAACACACCAAGUCCGCCGGGAGAGUGUGCACCCGUAGUUGAUUCCAAUUUCGUACAUCAAGAAGACCCGCCCUCGCAUGCCCAACCGACACUGCAUUUUACACUACUAGAGCCUGGAAUCGCGAGAAACAUCACCGCGCCGGACGUUUUUCCAGCAGUAAAAAAUCCAGCCAGCUUGGGAUUUCACGGUGGCGAUGCGUUGCAUCUUCAAAAUAUUUCGGCUCCGGUUGGGGCGAGGCACAGGAAAACCGAGGACGAAAUUUUCGAAAACACGAGAAAGAUAGCGAAGACCCCGGACUUUGGCUGCAUGGCCAGUCCCCUCUUCGCCCCAGAUGGGCGGUGUAGUGGUGUUAGUGGGGAGAACGGCCAUAGUGACCAGCACGACUUGUGCACGGACCUCCCGAGUGGGAAUCAUGCGACACGGGUCUCGACGAGCAACAGCGCCGUUGCACCGCUUGUGAAAGCGGAUCCGACCACCAAAACAGCAACUACACCCACCACAGGAAUCCAACAUGAGAAUGAACAACAUCAGCAAAGUUCUAGUAGUAUCGGCGCAAGAACACACUGGACUGCAAGGAAUAACAAUAGUAGUUCUAGUUGCGCCGGAAAUUACUCGAGCCCGACGGCGGCCUUGUUCACGACGCCAGAUGCUAAAGAGGCAGCUCAGUCUGAAGAGGAACAAGAAGUGCCACCUCUCGCACACAUGGACGGUUGCGGAGGUCAGGAGUUAUUUUUCUCACCUCUUGGCGGGGUAGGGGCCUGGCAUUGAUGAAAUUUAUCAAUCUCCAACAACAAACAUUACUAGUCCCACGCCAUUCUUGGCCUGCUCGCCCUCGACAUCUAUUAUCUGGAUCUGUUGUUGCUCCUGAUAGAAGAUAAUUAUAAUGUUGAGCGACAUAAGAUAUAUUAUGCUUUUAUUUGUGUAGUAAUAGUAGCCUCCCAGCUCUCAAUGAUUCCUUAAUUUAUUCGUAGUUUCCGAUAGUAUCACGACGUCCCACUAAAUUUGUACUUGUAGCAUACGAUUUGAUUCCGAUGCCGCGCUAGUACGUAUUUUUCCGCUUUGGAAGUACGUACCGGCUCGAAACAAUGAUCUUCAGCACUGUAGCUAUGCUACGUGCACCAUUGAAGACACGUUUACUAGCUUUUACUUUUUCUAUUUAGGCAUGUAAGAUAAGAUUUUUGUACAACGCAAUGACGCGAGGCGUAAAUUGAAAUUGAAACUGUAUCAACAAAAGAUAAACUUUUUACUCUACUUCAUCUUCAGCCAUGCAAAUAAUCUCAUUUGCACAUCCAACGGCUUCUACGACUACAACAGCUUCAGCUAGACUUGUUACUUCCACCAUGCAAAAAAAUGAAACUCUUUCGAAUCUGCCUCCGCGACAAACAUGCGCUGACAAUGCCUCAUACUUGGGGUCGUGUCGCUACAUCUUAAUACACGCAUUUUUGUUGCGCUACGGUCAUUAGCAUUAUGCGAGUCGCUGCUUGCGAGAAAAGCCUCGCGCUCGGUGUAACAAGGUGGCUGCUUUUACCCGAAGAUAGUCGCAAUCGUCGCAGGUUCGGUUUGUGAUCCUAUUCCUAGUAACUUUCAAAGGCCUUCCUGCAAUGCAGCUAGCCUCUACUAGUAUUGUGCGAAAGAUAAAGCAAUAGGGCCGUCGCGGUAGAGAGUGGAUGAAUACAUUAGACAGGAUAGGACGCUUUUCCCCGUACGGGCUGCGCUUCAAUCGUCCCUAUGAAUAGGGAUCAGCAGGCUCUGGCACGAGGUGAGCUCUCGUUAUCUUGUUGAUGAGGUCACGAACGCUUCGAUGCUGUAGUUCAGAAAAUACCAAUCCAAUUACGCUCAAAAUUGUUCGUGUUUGUGCGGUGAAGACUGAACAACUAGUCGUGUUAAUCUGUGUGUGUCCCCCGCCGGCGUCCCAGCCACGCUUGGCGCUGGAGGCUCAGGCGAGCGCGAAAUAUCGAGGACGUGCGCACCGAUCGGAUGGGAAACACAAGAUGAAAACAAAUGCAGUCAUUGUCUUCCUUGUUACCCAAGGCGAAACCAAAAUAAAUGUCUGCUGUUAUUGUUAGUUGAUUGUGGAAGCGCAUAACGGCAUCCGAGCGCCUUUUUGCUGGCUUGAUCAAU